AUGGCAGCAAGGGGGCUCAACCCUCCCCCUUCGCCUAGCGCAACAGCUUACAGUGCUGCAUCCGGUCUCUCUGCGUAUCAGUCACAGUAUCGCCCACCCUACUCACAGCAGCAACAGCCACCGAUGCCUAGCAUGCAGGGACAGAUGGCGAUGGGAGGCAUGGGCAUGCAGCCUAUGCAAUCGAUGAACGGGAUGCAGAUGGGGAUGCAGGGGAUGCAGCAGGGUAUGGGUGGGAUGCCGAUGGGGAUGCAGCCUAUGCAGGGGAUGCAAUCGAUGCAGUCUAUGGGCAUGCAACAACCUGCGGGCGGGAUGCAAGGCCCUAUGUCACCCACCUCUCCUACCUCCGGACAGAAUAGUCAGGCAAACUACGAGAAGUUUCAAGGAUUUCAUGAGCAGUUACGCAAGUUCCUUGCGAGUGAAGAUGUUAAAGAGGUUCCAGGAGCGCGCGCGGACCCGAGGAGCAAGCUGGUAAAGCUGAACGAAGCGCAGUUUAUGGAACUCUCGACAGAUGUGCACGACGAGUGUCUCCGUCGCAACUCGCCGAAUCCCACGCCCUUCCUUCCCCUCCGUUCGGAACUGCACCCUAAGCGCAACCAGGCUAGGCAGAAACUUGCGACUCUCAGCAAGACCAAGUUCAGAGACUUGGCGAGUGACAUAUACUUCGAGCUGGGAAGGAGGUUCCCCGCUUUCAAGGGUCAGGAUCGGCCCGAAACCCCAACCUCGACAUACGAAGACUCCCUGGCCUCGCAAUCUCAGGCCUACGCUGCCACCACCCACACCACCGGGAGCUCCAGCACCACCACCGCGGCUUCGCUCUCCAUCCCACCUUCCCAAUCAGACAGUGCUUCUGGUUCCACUCGCGGCACCACCCCGACUUCGUACAGCAAGCUUGACGACCCAUACAGCCAACAGCGCGGGCCGGGCUAUCCUCUGGAAGAUAAUCAGCCGAGAAUGCGUCGCCGGCCUAGCGAAACAGGGGAGGCUCUGCCCCGCCAGAGCGGGGAAAGCACACGGACCACCGGUGCUGACCCCAGCGUCUGGCGCAGACCUAGCGACAGGAGCGCUAUCUCGGCCGUAUCGGCUGCCGAUCGAAGGCGACCUAGCGUCGAGCAGUUUGCGUUCCGCUCAAACCAGACGAAUGCGCCUGGCUACCAGGGAUCGCAGCAACCUGGUGGGACUAACGGCACAGGUAGUCAACUGCCGUACGAGUCUGCCUCUUUCGCCCCGCCUCCAACGAGCACCGCUACUCUUGGCGUCGUAAACCCUAUGAAGAGCACAAUGGCAGAAGAAGAGAUUGAAGUGCCCUAUGGGAGGGACGACGCCGAGGACCGCCCUGGUUCAUCAGCAAGCGCGAGCGAUGAGCGAGACCCAUAUCGAGGAGAAAGGCUGUUGGUAGACGAAGAAGAGGAAGAGGAAGGUAACCGCAGUCCUAUACUCACCGGACCUAGUACGGCGACGUUGAGAGAGGGAGGGCUGAGUGCUCUUGCUGGAGGAUUCGGUGUGCGGGAAUAUGAGAACGCGCCGGAUAAGGUUGCGCGUGCUGGUGCUCGCGGGGAGAGCGAUCGGGUACGUGUAGAGCUCCCGGAUGAUGCUGGAGACGACGGUGAUGGGGAUGGGGACGAGGCCAGCACGGCCAGUAGGGGAGUGAGCGAGUUUUAUGAUAAGAUGAGCUUUGGACGGGUGAGUGUGGCGAGUAGCGGGGGUGUAGGACACAGGAAGACCGGAGAGAGAGAGGGUGUCGAAGUAGAAAAACUUCGCAGGGAAUACGAGCUCAAGAUUGCCACGAUGAAUAACCGGAUUCAGAGCCUAGAGGCCGAGCUUUCCGAGGUCACGCGCAGCAGGGACGGGAGUGUUCAACAACUGCAGGCAGUAAGAGAAGAGACUGUCAAAGUUCGGGAUUUGGCGAACGACCAAGCCUCGCAAGUCGCUCAGCUCAAACAGGAUCUUGAGGAUGUCCGGGCGGCGAGAGACCGAGAGGCGGAAGAUGCUGCUGCACGAGCGCAACAGGCUGAGGCGGAGCUCGAGCUUGUAAGGGAGAGCUUCGAGCAGUUCAAGUUUGAUCACACGAACAAGCAGACAGAGGCGGGUCCGCUGGCGGACGCCCUACGCUCUGAAGUCCAGCAGCUGGUCACCGAGCUGACCGAGUUGUCGGAACGGAACGAGGAGAUGAUGCACGAAAAGGACAGCGACGCAUCCAUCAUCCGUGACUUGAACGCUCAGAUCAAGGAGUGGAAGCGGAAGUACGAGAAUGCCAAGACGGAGCUACGACAUAUGAAAGCUACGUCUACGCUCUCGGGACCUCAGACACCGAAGGUCAGCGCUGCUGGCGGUGACGGCGAUAUGAACCAUCUUCCUACGAGCGACACUGGCGCGAUUGCAGACGUACACGUCACCGCCUUCCAGAGCUCGAUCGACACUUUGCUCGCUGCAGGCCGCUCGUCUCAACCCACGAGCGUGCUAAGCGCGAUGAAGAACGUCGUGACGGCUGUAGCCGCUAUCACGGAGGAUGUGCGUGCAUUCGAGGCACGUCCGCGCAGGGACAAGGGCCCCGUGGAUGAUGACGCUGUCCGCGCGCUCAAGGACCGUGCCAGUGCGACACUCAAUAAUCUCGUCAUGGCUUCCAAGAAUCACGGGACGAGCUACGGUCUCUCACCCGUCAGCUUACUUGAUGCCGCUGCAAGUCAUGUCUCGAGUACGAUCGUAGAAAUGGUGCGGUUGCUUAAGAUUCGCCGAGGGACGCGAAACUUCCUUGAACGCGCCGGGUCAAACAAAUCGAUCAUGUCACCCCUUAAGGACGCACCGGAGCAGCGUUUUGGGCGCUCGUCCAGCGCUGCCAGCGCCGGGAGAGAUGGAGGUUCCGGCGCAGAGAGGAACUCAGGCCCAUCGCCAAUUCGUACAAAUUCGAAGCGUAGGUCGGACUCGCACAAUGGGCUACCCACCCCGGACAGGUCUACUCCAACGAACUCCUCACUCCAAUACUUACCUCUUGACUCGACGCAGCACAGGCCGCCGAUUCCAACGAUGAGAGAUGAGGAGGCUGUACCCACAGAAGGCUCUGACGAUGCUUGGGCGGAGCUCAAGCCUUAUCUGGAAGCACAAUCUGAGUCAAUUGUGCACCACAUUCAGACCGUCCUCAGCGGGAUUCGGUCUGGCGCCAAAGCCUCCGAACUCAACGAAGGUCUGACGCAGAUAAUCACGAUCGUCUCCUCCAUCGUGGCAGUGUGCAAAGACUCUUUACCUACAGCUUCGGCGCGGCAAGGUCAGGAACUACUGAGGGAGUUGAGUGAGCACUGCAAUACACUCAGCGAAGCCCAGGUGAUUGGUGGUGAGGUAAACAAACAAAUGCGGCAAGCAAUGGCAACUGCAAGCUUUGGAGUAGCCAAAGCGCUUAAAGAACUCAUGAAAUUGUAGUCCGCUGGUUUCGGGCAGGAUAAACAUACCCAAGUCUCUCCUUGCAGUUCUUGGUACACAUUUUUAACUUCUUUUAAUGGGUAUUGUGAAGGCUUACACGUCGUUCGUUCCCGUACUUAUAAUGCCUUG